UAAUCAUUGCAAGACAAUCCCAAACUAUAUUUGAUUUAGGAUCAAAUAUUUUGGACUAUCAAAUGUGGCUUGUAUUUUACUGCCUUUUUUUCCCAGCUUCCAUGGAUCUUAGCAGCAAAACGGUUGUGCAGGUGGUGAUGUUGGCGUUGAUAGCUCAGGUCACUUUCUCUCAGCAUUGGUCGUAUGGGUGGCUACCUGGAGGAAAGAGAAGUGUUGGGGAGCUGGAGGCCACCAUCAGGAUGAUGGACACAGGUGGUGUAAUGGCUCUUCCUGAGGAGACAGAUGCCCAUAUCCCGGAGAGACUGAGACCAUAUGAUGUAAUGUCGAAGAAACGGAUGCCACAUAAAUAAAGAACUGUGAGAUAAUUCUUCACAAAAAGCAAGAAGACAGCGAUGAUGGAGCAUUCAAGAACAGUUCUGUCCAUUUCCAACAAAGAUCACAUUUAGAUUGAUGUAAUUUACUUGAAGUAUGAAACACUAACCUCCUGUAAAAUUGUAAUAAAGAGUGAUUGAAAGAU